AUGGCCUCGCGAGGAGACAAAGGAAAUGGAAAUGGCGAAGAGCAGAUCGUAGAGACAUUAGCAGAGGUGUUUCGUUGCUUCAUCUGCAUGGAGAAACUGGUCGAUGCUCAUCUCUGCCCACACUGCUCGAAGUUGUGUUGCUAUGCCUGCGUGCGAAGAUGGUUGACAGAGCAGAGGUCGCAGUGCCCGCACUGUCGUGCUGCCUUACACCUUCAUGAACUCGUCAACUGUCGCUGGGUCGAGGAGGUCACCCAACAGAUUGAGACCAUGCAACAGAGCAACUCUGCCAGUCAGAGAGAGAGUUUCAGAGAUAGGUGUCCAACCCAUCAAGAGAAGUUGACUGUCUACUGUUGGACUUGUCGUCGGUGCAUUUGCCACCAAUGUGCUCUGUGGGGCGGCACCCACUCUGGACACACCUUCAAGCCACUGGAAGAAGUGUAUGAACAACACGUAACCCAGAUACGCGAUGAAGUGUCUCAGCUGAGACGUAGACUAAUGGAGUUGAUCAGUCUGGUGCAGGAUGUGGAACGUAAUGUAGAAUCAGUCCGUGCUGCUAAAGACGAGCGUGUGCGCGAAAUUAGAAACGCAGUCGAGUUAAUGAUAUCACGCCUUGACUCUGCUCUAAAAGCUAAGCUGCUCACACUUAUGGGGCAGAAGAACAGCCUCACGCAAGAGACCGAGCAGCUGGAACAUCUUUUGCAAGAGAUUGAACAUCAAUUGCAUUCGAGUACAAGAUCUGAACUUAUAGCCAAAAGCAGUGAAAUAUCGAAGAUGAUUCAUCAAGUACGCAAGAAGCCUAUGGCCAGUUUCGUGACUGCGCCAGUACCGGCCGAUUUCCACAGCGAAAUUGUCCCGAGCUACGACAGCAGCACGUUUCCACUCACGAAUUUUACGCAACUGCAACAUGCGGCCGCGCCGGUCUACUCAGCGCCUCUGCAUGUCAACGGUCUGUGUUGGCGUCUCAAAGUAUACCCGGAUGGCAAUGGAGUAGUCAGGGGCAACUACUUGUCCGUCUUCUUGGAGUUAAGUGCCGGCCUCCCUGAGACCUCCAAAUACGAGUAUCGCGUGGAGAUGCUGCACCAGGUGUCCCGUGAUCCCUCUAAGAACAUAGUACGCUAUCUGGACCCGGAGACGGACACACUCAUUCUGAGGUUCCAAGUCCGUCCACCAACGUUCUAUCAACGGUGUCGCGAUCAACAAUGGUACAUCAAUCAACUGAUAACGAUGCAAAAUCAACAUAUUUUGCAGAUCAAUGACCUUAAAGAGCGUUUAUCUCUAGAAAUGUCUCGCAACUCGAUCGCCGCGACUCGCGCUCAGAACGGCUCUAACACGUCCCAGUCGAACGCCAGCAGUGACGUCGCGGACAACCCGGCGCAAAACAAUCCCGUCGACGGUAACAGCCUGAGCGAUUCCAUCGUGUUCGGCAACCAGUGGAAGUUCAACGGGCCACAUAACAUCAUGAGCGGACAGAGGCUCACUAGUCCAGGUAUCUUAAACACCGCUAUGUUCGUGGAAGAGUCUCGCAACAACGACGUAUCGAGUGUUGGCGUUUUCGGGUACGGCGACUACCCGCCGCUCGACCGGCGCGUCGCCGCACACGCGCCGCACGCUACACACGCGCUAGACGCGGGCUACAACCUGCCCUCUACAUCACGUUCUGCAAAUUCCCUACACGUAACGGGCGCGGACAAUAUGGCUCUAGUUAGCCUUCACACACUGCUGAGCGCUGCUAACGCGCCCAGCCGCGUGCCGAGCAAGCUCGCCAACAAACAGCCACGCCCCGACAAACAACACGUACCUGCCAAGGAGUCCGCAUUGGCCGCUGUAUCAAGCACCCCGGUGACGGAGGUGGGCGGGUGCGCGGCGAGCGUGGUGCUGUGCUCGUCGAUGUCGUCGCCGGAGCUGAACGGCGGCGCCAAGCACGAGGCGGGCGGCGACCAGCCCGCGCACCAGCUGCACGCCGCCUCCGAGUCCAGCAGCGACACUGGCGACCUAAUGUUCAGCGAGCUGGAAGUCUUUGCGGAUGAGAACAACCCUAGUCACGUGGACGAGAAUUCAAAUGAAGAGAAUGAUGUUGAUGAUGAAACCAUGUCAGGCGAGAACGACAUCGAGGCGGCUCGCGCACUCAGCGCGGAGAGCGCGGGCGGCAGCGGCGCCGACAUCCUGCGGCGCCUGGUGUGCGCCGUGGCUACGCGCGGGGUGACGCCGGCCGGCACCGACGGCUCCGCGCCGCCCUCGCACGCGCCGCACCGCCACGACCUCGACCCGCAGCUGUCCACGGCCGCGCACACCGACAUGCUGUUGCUCAACCUCAUGCGCAUGAACGGACUCACGCCCAAACACUCUCGACACGGCGGUAAGCGGCAGUGGAACAGGCAGUCGGGCAGUCCGCAAAGCUCGGUGUUCGGCGGACGACGCAACUCGGCGGGCGCAGCAGGCGCGGCGGGUGCGGGCCGCCGCCCUCCCGGCGCCGCCAGCUCCGCCACGCGCUCGCGCCGCCUGCCGCAGGCGCCGCACUCGCACUCGUCGCACUCGCACCCGCACUCGCACGCGCCGCUCUCGCCGGGACAACUCGCUCGAGGGUCCGACCACUCGCACUCACCGGGCCUGGGCGCGACCCCGCCGGGCACGCCGGAGCUGCACGACUACUGGCCCUCCGUGGCGUCCGACAGCGACGACGUCGACGUCGUGCUCGAUUACAACGUAAAUAACGAUGUUACGCUUAAUGACACGCUAUUCGACAUGCUGCUGAACAGCCUGUCCAUCGACAGUCCCGGCAGCCCGGGCGGGGCCGGGGCGGGCGGGGCCGGGCGGGCCGCCACGCCGCCCGUGGCGCCCUGGAGCCCGGCCCCGGCGGAGCGCGGCGAGCGCGCGGAUUGA